CAGCGAGAAGCCCCCCGCGUUCCAGCGGUUCCACACCCUUGCACAGGACNNGCCCCCGGGGCUGACGCUCCCCUACAAGUUCAAGGUGCUGGCGGAGAUGUUCCGCAGCGUGGACACCAUCGCCGGGAUGCUCUUCAACCGUGCCGAGACCAUCACCUUCGCGAAGGUCAAGCAGGGGGUGCAGGACAUGAUGCGCAAGCAGUUUGAGGAGCGGCAUGUGGGGCAGAUCAAGGCGGUAUACCCCACCUCGUACAGGCUGCGCCAGGAGAAGAACAUCCCCACUUUCGGCAACGGCGUGAAGAAGUCUGACUACCAGCUCACGCUGGAGCCGGUGCUGGGGGAAGAGGAGAAAGUGGACGGCCGCCCGCACUUGUCGGCAUCGCGCUUGCUGGAGCGCAGGAGGGAGUUCAACCGCAACCUGGUGAACAUCGUUAAGCAGCACCACAAGGACGGGGUGCCGGAAAUCACCCCGGGGGAGCUGCCGCGGCCGCCCCAGGAGGACAGGCUCACCACGGCCCAGGAGGUGCUGAGCACGGCUCGGGGGAUGCUGACCCCCAAG